GUCUUAACAAGACUCAUUAUACCCUGCAGAAAAAUGUCAGCAUUACUUUGACUUGACUUUUUCUUUCCAGAUUGGAGUCCGCGACUCGAGGUGAAGCGAGACUUCAUCUUUGCCCUGAAGAUACCCGCAUCGCAUAUCAUCGCAUCGCACCACAUCAUCGCAUUCCAGCGAUCAUUGUCACAAUCCGCUCCACUUACCCUCUUGCGGAUACCCUCACGCACCAACACACACAUAGUCAUCGCUGCACAAUGCCGCCCAUAGAGAGGGAUGCCCCUCGUGAGCUUGACAGACCAUUGAGACACCAACAUUCCGCUUCCAUCGAUCAUGGCCGCGCCUUGGUUCCCAUGUGGGACAGCUCCGACCCCGAACGGGCUCCUCCUCCGCUCCCUCUGAACCCGCAGUCGCCUGGUGUCUCGCGCACGGGAACGUCGGCUGCCAUCCAGACAGCUCAUGCCGCCAUAGCAGAGAAGGCGCGUGAGAGCGCCGCUUUGGUGCCACAUCUACCUAAGCGCAUUGCCGACAGGCCCGACACUUCGCCGGAGCGCGCCGCUUUGCGGCCAAACUCCCACCGCCGCAUGCAGUCCCUGCAGCCCGCCUCGGUCAAGGACAUCAGCCUCAUGAUUGAGUCGGGUGCUCCUAAAUCACCCGAGAAGACGGAGAGGCCAACAACACCCCAGAGGAAGGAUACCAGGGACACCUUCAUGGAGCCAAAGGAAGACAAGCAGGAACGGUCAACCAUUGGCACUCCAACUCCGGGUCCCAGUCUCACUCCCAUUAUCCGCCCGACUGCUGUGCGUCGGCCUCACCAGAGCAUUCUCGGCGAGAACACGCCGCCUCAGUCGGCAACAAUGCUUGCCCUCCAGAAUAUGAGCACCCAAAGCAACAACAGCACGCCGGCCCCCAAGGAACCCGAGACUCCUCUGGCCAAUAUCACAAACGGCUCCAAGGCGCUGGUCAAGGCACCCGGGUCCCUUGAAUCCCUGUCCAACCAGAUCCUCACCCUUACCGACAUCGCAACCACACUCCAAAAGGAGAUGGCGCUGCUCAGCAGACGGAGCCGAGACAAUGCGACAGACCUGCUGAGUCUGAAGGAAGCCACCAAUUCCCGCGACGAAGAUAUCCGCAAGAGCCUCCGCGAGCUGAUCACAGACGUCAAGACGCGGUCUUCUGCCACCAGGGACCCUUAUGGAGGGCCCCUGCUUCUGGAGGGCAGGCACCAGACCUCCUCUCCCACGCAGCUCUCCAAGUCGGCUUCUCGCCCAUUCUCAUUGCCGCGCAUACCUUCCCCCAACAGCUUUGCCGCCUCGUUUGACAGAGAGUCCUUGCUCAGCACACCCUCCCUCAUUUCCGAUGUCUCCGGUGCGCCAUCGCCUGCUACAGUCGCCCUCCUCGAAAAGAUCAUCAGAGAGAUGGGCACCAAGGAGGGUCAGGAGACCCUGCUGCACCGCCUGACAGAGCUUGCUGAUAAGCUCUCGGGCAUGGCCACUGCUGGAAAGGUUGAGGAACUCACUCGCCUGGUUAAGUCCAGCCAGCAACAAGCCGUCGUCCCUGCCGCAGGUGGAGGCAGGGGCGGCGGCGGCGGGGAUGGCGGCGUGCGGGACCGGAAUUGGAGUUUUGAUGACGACGAUGACAUGUCGCGGCGGGGCGCACUUGACUUCCUUCAUGUUGCGGCUUCGGCUUCGCAGGCCUCGCGGCUGCUCCCAGGUCAAGAAGCCGGCGAUUCACGGAGCGCCGACGUUCUCAACGACGAUCUCCUGAAGGCCAUCCGCAGUGUCAAGGAUAGCGUUGCCCAGGGAGGUGGCCUGACCGCCGAAGUCAAGGCGCUCGUCAGGGAGCUCCGCGGUGAGGUUCUUGGCAUGGGCCGCGAGAUUGGGCGGAGACUGGACGAAGUCGCCGAACAGAACGCGGACAAACCCGAGGCCGUCACAAAGGCCGAGAUGACCAGGGUCGUCGAGCAGGGUCUCUCCGAGAUGAGCCAGCAGAUGAACAACAUGUUGCGCGAACACCGCCGCCAGUCGGCUGUCACGAUUGCUUCGCGCGAGUCCUCCAUCGACUACAAGGAGAUUUAUAACAGUGUACGGGCCGCCCUCAAGGACACCCAGGCCACCAAGCCCCGCACCGCCGAACUUCGGAGAGAAGACGUCCUUCAGGCUGUCAAGGACGCGUGGGAGAAGUACAAGCCCGAGAUCGAGAUCCAACAGAUUGGCUUGGAACGAGACGAGGUCCUGGCCUGCUUGCAAGAGGGCCUGCGCGCCUAUGCGCCGCGCGACGACCGCCAGCCCGGCGCUACCAGAGACGAGGUGUUCCAGGCGGUUGUCGAAGGCCUCAAGCAUUAUGUGCCUCCCAAGGUCGAGAUUCCGGCGACGCUGUCGAGGGACGAGAUCCUUGACGCUGUGCGGGAAUGCUUGGAAGAGUUCGAGUUUCCCGUCGCGCCGUCUGCCAUGGGCGCCGAGAUUACCCGCGAGGAUAUGCUGGACGCUGUUAAGGAAGGCCUCCAUUCGUUUGAGUUCCCCGCUCCGCCGCCGCCUCCUCCUGCCGCGAGCUUCGACCUGACUAGGGACGAUGUGCUUGAUGCCGUCAACGAGGGCCUCCAGUCGUUUGACUUCUCGUCCAUAUACUCCAACGCGCUGGUCCCGCAGUCGGUAUCCAAGGGCGACGUCGCGGAUGCUGUCAAGUCCGGGUUCAAGUCGUUCGACCUCUCGGGUGAUAUCCUGGAUGCGGUCAAGGAAGGCCUCGAUGCGUUUGAUAUCCCGGCAAAUGUAUCGCAGGCGGUUAUGCACGCACUGCAAUCGUUUGACUUCUCUGCUGCCGUCGUAUCCUCCAUCCCCCGGCCGGACCUUUCGAGGGUGGAUGUGGCGGACGCCGUCAAGGAAGGAAUCGAGUGCUUGGAUCUCAACAACAGCGUCACGAUUGCUGUCAAGCAGGCUUUGAAGGGGUUUGAUUUUACGUCGGCCUAUUCUUCCGCUCUGGUCCCUCGGAGCGCGGAUGUUCCUCUACCUCAACCGGAUCUUUCUCGGGUCGAUAUCGCCAAUGCUGUCAAGGAGGGGCUUGCGUCGGUUGACUUGUCUAAGGAUGUCACUGAUGCCGUGAAAAGGGCGCUGGAAGCCUUGGACUUCUCUGGGUUUUCUUCUGCCUUGGUCGCUCGGCCGGAUCUGUCACGUCUUGAUGUUGUGGACGCCGUCAAGGAGGGCCUUGACACGGCAGACCUCUCCAGAGACGUCGCAGAUGCUGUCAAGCGUGUGCUGGAAGCCUUUGAUUUCUCGGCGUCUACCUCUGCCGUCGUGGCUCAGUCGGAUCUAUCUCGUGUUGACGUUCUCAAUGCGGUCCGGGAGGGUCUUGAGUCUUUGGACCUGUCUGCCGGUCUUGGGGACGUUGUCAAGAAGGAGCUUCGCGCAUUCGACUUCUCCUCCAUCCAGUCGAGCGCUCUCGUCGCGCAGGGGAGCGACAAUGACGAAGUCCUUCGGCGUCUCCUGGAGAUUAAGGAUCUCCUGCAGGCCGAGAUCAAGGCCGCUUCGGAAGAAGCUAAACAAAACAUCGCGGCCAACGCCCUCGGAACGGAGCAGAUUCUCAACGCAACCAAAGACGGGUUUGAGAAGUUGCAUCAGGAUAUCCAAGACUAUGCCGACCGCGCAAAGGGUGACUUUGAUACGGAGCACGUUGUGGACCAAGUGCUCAAUUCUCUGGAUAGCUUCCGAGAUGACCUGGCUGACCUGGUUACGCGGUCCUCCGAGAGCUCGAAGCUGAUGCUGAAGGAGGAGAUCGAGUCCCUUCGAGAUGCGGUUAACGGGCAAUUGGUGCCCGCCCUUCCUCAACCAAGUAACAACAACAAGGAGAUCCUGGACGCUCUCCACGACGGGCUCCAUGGCCUUCGAUCGGAAAUUAGCACACGGCCGAUCGCGGGUCUCACCGAGAUUCUGGACGCAUUGCAAGAGGGCCUCGGAGAUCUCCGGACCAGCAUCAACAACCUUCGUGACAAGCCGGCUGAUUUGACGGCCAAUGAUGAAAUUCUCGAUGCGCUCAAGGAGGGCUUGGAUACCGUUCGGUCUGAGAUCGAUACCCUCCGUGAGGAGACCAAGAAUGACCGCGCGUUGGCAACCAUUGACGACACGACGAAGGCUGUUGUGCCUGCUGAGCAGGCGCUGAAGCACGACGACAUCAAGAAUUUGGAAGUACUCAUUACCCAGCUUGGCAUCAAGGUCGAGGCCAUGGAAUCCGUGCCCAAGCCUGCCGUUGCCUCCUUGUCGAAGGAGGAUUUGGCUGGGAUGGAGAAGACGCUUAACGUUGUUGCUGAGUCGGUCGCCGCGAUGCCCAACCGCGAGCCAUUCGAGGCUCUGGAGGAGAGUAUCCGCAAAAUUCAGGAAACGGUCAACGAUCUGGCAGCCAAGGAAGCAGCUUCUCCUCCUUCACCGCCUCCGUCAGGCACGGACCCUGCUUCAAGGGACGAUGUUGAGGCCAUUGAAACCAUCCUUCGCAAUACCAAAGCCCGUCUGGACGACCUCAUGGAUGGAGAGCAGGCCGUCCGCAAGGACCAUAUCGACAACCUGGAGACUGUACUACUCGAGGCGCGGGAGAGCGUCAGUGGUAUCGCAAGCCAGCUCGAUGGCAUCUCGCGCAAGGAGCACAUCGAGGCUCUGGAGACGUUGAUCCUCGAGACCCGGGAGAGCCUCGGCGGCGUCGCUACGCAAAUGGAUAGCCUCUCGCGCAAGGAGGACGUCGCGUUGGUCGAGUCGCUCGUCACCCAGGUGGUUGCGGCCUUUGACGAGAUGAAGGAGCGCCAUGAGAAGGCUCUGGAGGACCCGGAGAAGGUUACCAGAUCUGAUAUCGAAGCUGUGGAAGCGGUUUGUCUUGACACCAAGUCGCUGAUUGAGCAAAUGCAGAAGGUGGAUCUGGUUAGUCUCCCCUCAAAGGAGGAUAUUGAGGCUCUCGAGACGAGGCUUGAGAAUCUCAGGGAGCGGCUUGAUUUGCACGCGGAUGCCAAUGUCAAGGCGUUUGAACAGCGCCAGGCUGAGACUGUUGGGGUCGGUGUGACCGUGACGGAGGUUAAGGCGGCGCUCGAGGAGUUGCAAGCGCUGAUGAGGUCGAAGCUAGAGGAUGGUGCACGAGGUAUUGAUUCUAUCCACACCAUCCUUGACGCCCUCAGCGACAAUGUGCGCAAAAACGACAGCAUCAGCGACGAUGUCAAGGAGGUUCUCGACACGUUGAAGCUCGAGUUUGAGGAUUCCAAGACCGGCCUCGUUGGUGUCAAGAUCGAGCUGGACGAGAAGGUGCAGACCGCGGCCGACACGCUGCUUGCCAAGCUUGAAGAGCGAAUGACGGAGCUGAUGACCAAGUACGAAGAACUUCAGCUUAUCCAGGACGAUCGGGCUACCAAGAGCGAAGCGAGAGACCUCGAGAUGGAGGCCGCGGUUAGCGGCACCAAGGCCAUCGCCGAGGAGCUCAAGUCCCUGGUCGACACCCUGGGCACGGCUGUCACCGACUCAAUGGAGAAAAUGGAGGAGGCUUCCAAGACUGUUUUCGAAAGGGUUGAGGACCUGGUCAACAAGUCGGACGAGAAUCACGCCGACACUAGGGCGGAGCACCAGCUCACCCGGGAGCAGGUGCAGGAGGCCAUCGGCAAGGUGGAGGGUCUUCAGGGGCAGGUGGCCGAGUACCAGCCCAAAAUCCUUGAGACGGUUCAGGAGGUCAUGUUGGCCCUGGCGCAGCAUUAUGAGCACCUCAGGAGCUCGACCAUGGCGAUCCAGGAGCGGGUGGAGCACCCGUUGCUUCCUCCACCACCCGAGAAGUACGACGACACGGCGGUUAUCGAAAAGCUUGACGCUCUGGUGGGCCACACCCGAGUGGCUGAUAAGGCCUUUGAGCAUUUGGAGACUCUCGACCAGGUCCACGCCCAAGUCAAGGCCACUGCGGCGGAGCUCGCCACGUUCCUUGCUGCCCAGACACAGCGCAUUGCUGAUGAGCAUGAGGACCGGGAAAAGACACUGCAGGAGACGACGAUCGCCCUGGAGCGCCGCCGGGAAGAGAAGGAACAGGUCGAGGCUCUCGUUGCAGCGCUGCGUGAGGAGGAGGCGCGUCUGAAAGAGUCGAUUACGGUUACUCUUCCUGAGGAGCAGAGCAAAAUUACCGAGCAGUUCCUGGCGAAUCUGGUGGCCGAGGAGUCCCGGCUCAAGGAGGCGACUAGUCGGCUGCUUGAAGAACAAGCGCAGCUCAAGGAGACCUUCUUGGCGAACCUCAAGGAGGAACAGGCGCGGCUCAUGGAGACGAACGUUGCCCUCAAAGAGGAACAGGACCAGAUGAAGGAGGCUUUCCUAGUUAACCUCAAGGAGGAGCAAGCACGGCUUAUGGAGACGAAUGUGGCUUUGAAGGAGGAACAGGAUAUGCUGAAGGAGACAUUCAUGGCCAAUUUGCGGGAUGAAGAAGCCCGGCUCAAGGAACUGAAUGACGGUUUGCGGGAUGAACAGCAAGCUCUCAAGGACACCUUCCUUACCAACCUCAGGGAGGAGGAAGCGCUCCUGAAGGAGGUGAAUGCUGGCCUGCGCGAGGAACAGGAGCGGCUCAGGGAGACGUUCCUUGCCAGUUUCAAAGAGGAAGAGCAGCGGCUGCGCGAGGCCAAUGAGGCUUUGAGGCGAGAGCAGGAGCAGAUCAAGACGACGCUGAAGGAGGAACAGGAGCGGUUCAAGGUGGAGCUGCUGGCGAACUUGAUGGAGGAGGAGGCUCGACUUAAGGAAUCUCAUGCUGCGUUGAGGGAAGAGCAGGAGCUGCUGCGCGCCAAUUUUCUGGGCACUCUCCGGGAGGAGGAGGACCGCGUCAGGGAUAGUCUGGGCUCGCUGCGCGCGGAGCAGGAGAAUCUCAGUCGGCAAAAGACGCGUCUCACGGCCGACCUGUCAUCGCUUGAUACCGCGCUGCGGUUGAGGCGGGAGGAACUCCACGAUAUGGAAGCGCGCGCCGAGAGUCUGGAGAGGAGGAUCCUGGAGGGCGUCAUGGACCAUUCCAGGGUGUUGCUCAUGGCCAAGACGAACCGCGCGGCUGGUCUUCCGAACAGUGUGCGUGACUCGAUGAGCCGCAAGAGGGUGUCUUCUUCGACUCACAAAUCGGCUGCUGCCGCUGAGGCUGGUACUGGUGCAGCUUUGAGCGGCGGCGCCAACAAUGAAAAGCCCCGCAGCGCUAUCAAGAUGGCCAUGUCGGCGCGAAGCAAGGCAAGCAACAGCGUGCUAAACGGCACCCCGUCGUCGUCGGCGUCGAAUCGGAGGAUUCUGUCGUUAAGCCAAAUCACGCACAAUGUACCUGCCGGCGGCAUGAAGCGGAGCCAGAGCGUUAGGACCGCGGGCGGGCCUGCUGCAAGAGGGUUGAGGAAGAGUAGCUGGGCGCCUGCCAUCCCUGCUGCUGCUGGUGCUGGUGCUGGUGCUGGCAAGGGGUAUGGUGAUCUUGGGAGCGGGCUGGGGUCGAGCGAGGACAAGGAGAAUGUUGACUCCAUGGGCAUGGAUCUGAGAGAGGGGGAUGAGGAUGCGUACAACAACUACAACAAUGAGCGCGAGAUGGAGGAAGAGCAGCAGCCGGCGCUCAGCCCAUCGGUGGAUGAUAUCGCUGUCUUAGAGGGGGAUGCCAACACCGCAGCUGUCUCUGGUGGCAACGACCUCCCUGAGGAGCUGGCUGAUGAUGACAACAAUGAAGAGGACCGGUUCAGCGACCUAGGAGACGAGGCUGAUGGUUUUAAAGAGGAGGAGGAGGAUGUGAGGCGUCUGCGGCGGUCGAGCCACGGCACGACCGUGGUCACGCCUGCGGCCGAUGACGACGAACAUGAUGAUGAGCUUCGGGAAGAGGGGGGGUGGUCUGAGCACGAGGGUGGUCGUGAGGAUGAUGGUGUGGACGAUGCGGCGAGUGACUGGACGGAGAGUGUUGUUGGGAGGGAGGGUGAUGAUGUGGGCGGGAUGGGGAUGGAGAUGGAAGGGAGUGUACCUGUCGCUGCGGCGAGUUGAGCCCUCUGAUAUGGGGUGUCGAUGGGUUGGAUGAGACAUGGGAGCAUGAACAGGUAUACAUGACGUGGCAGGGCCGUUCUCUCUUCCGUUGGUUUCUUAUGUUGUUAUGAUCAUAACGACUUUGUUUGAGUAGUAGUUCGUUACGCUGGGCGCUGUUGGGAUACGAGUAUGGUAUGCUGGUUUGAUGGCGAUGCGCAGGAUGAAGUGAUCUGUUCUGUAUGGAUAGCUCUCUAAUCAUGAACAUGGAUAGUUUUGGUUGCAG